AUGGUCUUUGGAAAAGUCAUUCAUGUUGUUGGCGUCCAUGCCGCUGGCGAGGUUUGCGAUGUUGUCGUUGGCGGCGUGCUCGAUGUCCCGGGAAAGACCAUGUACGAGAAGAUGAUGCAUCUCUGGAAGAAGGCAGACAGGCUGCGGCAGCUGUUGUUGAACGAACCGCGGGGAUCGUCUGCCAUGUGUCACAACAUGAUCCUUCCUGCGUGCAAUCCGGAAGCAGACGCCGGGUUCAUCACUAUGGAACACGAGGAAUAUCCGCCCAUGUCUGGCGCAAACGCCAUCGCCACGGCAACGGUGCUUCUGGAGACCGGCAUGGUUCCCAUGCUGGAGCCCACGACUCAUGUGAAGCUGGACACGGCAGCAGGUUUAGUGGCAAUGGAGGCGGAGUGUUCCGGAGGGAAGUGUACCAGCGUCCGUUUUCACAAUGUGCCCGCCUUCGUCUUCGAACUGGACCUGGAAGUUUCCGUUCCCGGGCUUGGGAUUGUCAAAGUGGAUAUUGCGUGGGGAGGCAUGAUAUACGCGCUCGUUGACGCUUCCUCUGUUGGUUUGCAUAUCAAGAGCGAGAACGGCGCAAAGCUCGUGGAAGUCGGUGAGAAGAUCAAGCGUGCAGUUCAGGAGCAGUCAGACCCAGUUCAUCCCGAGAACCCCGGCAUCCGAGGUGUCAGCAUUCUUGAGUUCACGGAACCGCUGACGGACGACGGCCACCACAAGUCGGCUGUUAACACGGUUGUCGUCUCGCCUGGGCGGCUGGAUCGGAGCCCCUGUGGCACGGGGACCUGCGCCCGUCUUGCUGUUCUCCAUGCACGGGGACUUCUUGCGCCUGGCGACUCGUUCAUUCACCGCAGCGUUAUUGGAACAGAAUUCGUGGGCUCCAUCACCGGCACGACCACUGUCGGAAAGUACCCUGCGGUACUGCCUACAGUACAGGGAAGUGCCUGGAUCACCAGCUUCAAACAAGUCGUGCUGCACCCAAGCGACCCGUUCCCGGAGGGGUUCAGAGUAGGAGACGUUUGGCAGAUGUAG